UAAACGCGACAUAAUCUAAAUCUGACUUAAGUGAUACCUGAGGUUGUGUAUAGAUUUGAAGUGAAGAAACUUCGCUUACACUUAAGGUGACAGAGGCCUCAGGAUGUUCGCUUUGUUUCGCAACUCCUCCCCCCUUUUUCCGAUCCGAAUGGAACAUCCUGAAAGUGUUUGGAACUCGGAGCAGGGGGGUGUUGAGCCUGGCAACGUCGCAGGGGGCAACUUCACUUUUCUUCACUUUUCUUCACUUCAGUGGCUUCAGGAAGUCCGAGAGCGGAGUUUGUAAAAAAAAAUUGUCUAUCGGCCACGCAUGCCUGUGUACAAUUCCUUCGUUGUCAUUUUUUUGUAUCCCAAAAGCAGUGUUCCUUUUGAAUUUUUCCCAUUUGCUCUGAGGAAAAACACAAACCCGACAUGAAGUAGCAUGCUUCUGCUAUGUGGGAAUGCUUCCUCUGUCUGCCAGUAAAGAGCAGAAAGUGACGGACCUUUCUGUCAGUCCACAUCUGAAGACAUGUCGUACUGGACUUUGCAUGACUGGAAAGUACUGCUGCUGACUGUUCUGCUGUGGGACCACCUCAGUGCUUUGGGACCGAAACCCACAACAUGGCCACUGUACUCCCAAAAGCCUUUGCUCCUCGCUUGGAAUGCCCCCACUGAAGACUGUGCCCCUCGGCAUGGCAUUCACUUUCAGUUGGACCAGUUCCAGAUCGUGGCCUCACCCAAUGAGGGCUUUGUUAAACAGAACCUCACCAUUUUCUACAAGGACCGCUUGGGCUCAUACCCCUACCUUAAUCCAGAUAAAACAGCAGUGAACGGAGGACUGCCCCAGUUGGCCAGCCUCACCCAGCACCUGGGCAAGAUGCCGAACGAUGUGAAGAAAUAUAUACGUGAACCAGAGGCCAAGGGUUUAGCAGUUAUUGACUGGGAGGAGUGGCGCCCUCUAUGGAUACGGAACUGGGAAACUAAAGAUGUUUACCGUAAUCAUUCCUUUGCAUUGGUGAGCCAGAAAAACCCAAUGUGGCCUCGAGAACAGGUGGCAAAAGCGGCCCAACUGGAGUUUGAGUCGUCUGCCAAGAACUUCAUGCUGCAGACGCUAAAACAAGCCAAGAACCUGAGGCCCAACCAGCUGUGGGGGUUCUACCUGUUCCCCGACUGCUACAACCACGACUACAGGCGCACUCUGGAGAACUACACAGGUCGCUGUCCAGAUGUGGAGAUGGCCCGCAACGAGCAGCUGAAAUGGUUGUGGACUGAGAGCACAGCCCUCUACCCCUCCAUCUACAUGGGCACUGUGUUGCGCUCGUCAGCCUCUGGACGCCAGUUUGUCCGGAACCGAGUAAAGGAGGGAAUGCGUUUGGCAUCAUCGGGCGAUGGCUUGGCACGUCCGGUCUUUGUGUACACCCAACCCACCUAUGCCAAAUCUCUUGAACAGCUGACAGAGACUGACCUCGUCUACACUAUCGGGGAGAGUGUGGCUUUGGGAGCUGCAGGAAUCAUCUUGUGGGGAGACGCAGCUUAUGCAAGCAGCAAAAAAAGUUGCUCUGAUCUUAAUGAAUAUCUGCGAGGUUCGCUGAGUUAUUACCUCCUCAAUGUCUCCACCGCAGCAGAGCUGUGCAGCAACACCUUGUGUGGUUCUCAAGGCCGCUGUCAACGCAGAAAUCCAGACAGAGAUGUUUACUUGCAUCUGAACCCCGUCACCUACAAAAUCAUAAGUGAGAAGGACAAGCCAGUGGUCACCGGUAAGCUUGGCGAAGCAGACAAGAUGGGUUUUCAAAAAGAGUUUCGGUGCCAAUGCUACAGCGGCUAUAAGGGAGAGGGCUGCACUGAGACAGACCCUCUGUACCCAAGAGCGAUGGCAACUCAAAGCAUAGCAUCAGCAGUGCAAUGUGUGAUCUUACUGAUCAUCUCUGUGCUCCUCGGUUAGCGCACCAUAGAUACAGUAGCUGCAUUUUCUGUAGAAAAUCUAGGAGCAUACAAGAUGUCAUUCUGAGAUUUUUUUUUUUUUUUUUUUUUUACUUUUAAUUGCUUCAAAAAUGGAUGAAACAAAGUGAAUUUUUAUAAGAAACACUGUAGAAGUUGCUGUGCUGUUAUAUUUGUUUAUAACUUUUAAUCUUUUUUUUUUUUUUUUUAAACAAAGGAGGGAUUGCUGGAAAUGACCUUGUUUACAUUUUGCUGUCAGUUUCCUGUCAGUCACUGUUUCCCAAGGUGUCAAAUUCUGUGUUUCUCAUAGGGAGGAUGUUUCUGCGAGAAAUGUGGUGAAUGAAUCAAUGUAUGUCUGUUGCUGUGUGGCAAUAGUUGAAUUGAUGCACUUAAAUCUGGUAAUAGCACAAGUGCCUGAUCUUUUUUCAACAAGGCCUCUCUCUGACAUCUGUUCUUACGGAGGCAUUUACAGUAUUACUGUUUAUUUGAAUGUAUUUGUAGGUGUUUUAUAUAUUUACUUAUUUUUAUGUCUGAAACAUGACUACUAGUUUUUUCUUAUAACACCACUCAUCCAUUUUAUGCAAAAAAUAAUAACAGUGCCUCAUUUCAGCUGCUGUUUGACUUCAAAAGCACAAACACUAUAAAGAGCAACUUUUAUGACACUGUUAUACCGUUUCACUGAUGCUUCUGUGAAGGCCUCUGUGCUGUUUCCUCAAAUUUGCCAUUUGGUCAAAUUAAAUAAACUUCUUUAUUAAG